ACAGCCUUGUCACGCGGGGUUAGUAAAAGUUGGGAUAGGAUCUCCGGAGAGAGCGAUAGGGAAACAGACAGGAGGAGAGAGAGAGAGAAAGGGGGUACUGGACAAUCACACGGACAAUUCAUCGGCUUUAUCGCUAACAUUAAACACUGACAGAGAAAGCGCGCCUUUGUUAUUGACUAACGUUAGGUCGACAGACAGCGAGAAACCGCGAGAGAAGGAGAGACAGAGGGGGCAGACGACUUUCUCUGAAGUUGAAGCCUUAAUUUCGCAAGUUAGCUAACUGCCAGAGGAAGAGACACCAACUUCUUGUAUUUUGGAUUUUUCAAACGAAUGGAAAACACGAGUUGGUGUAUGGCCAUGAGUUAAAAGAACAAAAGGUAAAGUUCGGCGUCGGUGCAGUCGGUAAAUGUGACAUUUUAGGAGAGCAUAAAUUGCUCCAGCAGUCGACCGUCGACUAAAAACCGAGCUGUCAAACCCGAUGACGACUGCAAACUGCCCCGGGAAUGAGGAGCUGGACUUCAGACUGAUUUUCGGAGAGGACGGGCAGCAGCAGCCGUUAGGCCCCGCAGAUCUGGAGCCUGAUGACAACACGUCGUUCUACAUCCUAAAUGUGGGCCAGCCCCAGUCUAUGGUCACCAACCACCAGUCUAUUGGCCUGCCUCGUCAUGGCAUGCAGUCCCACUCCCAGAUCAUCAGCACUUCCCCACGCCUUCACUCACACAAACCAGGAUCUGUGCCUCCGGGCUAUGGGGCACAUGACUCCAAGUAUGGCACCUCCCCUCUACUGCCCUCUGCUCCUGUGGAGGCACCAAAGGCCUUUGAGUGCCCCAGUAUCCAGAUCACUUCCAUCUCCCCCAGCUGCCAGCAGGAGAUGGAUGCCACUGAGGAGGAUCUGAGGGCCAAUGUCCCUGAUGGGGACUACCACGGUGAUAGGCCCCUGUCCAGAGACCACCUGUAUUUGCCGUUGGACCACUCAUACCGGGACUCUUCGCUUAGUCCCAGUCCAUGCAGCAGCCUCUCCUCUAGGAGCUGGUUCUCUGAUGCCUCCUCCUGUGAAUCAUUCUCACACGUCUAUGACGAUGUUGACUCCGAGCUAAAUGAAGCGGCUGCCCGGUUCACCCUGGGCUCCCCGCUUACUUCCCCGGGCUGUGUAUCCCCUCAAACCAGUGGUGGGCUUUUGGAGGAGCAGCCCCACUGGCAGCAUCAUCACCCCGCCUUUGUGCACCACUCCCACUCCAUCAGCCUGUCACCCCGACAGUCCCCCUGUCACUCGCCACGCACUAGUGUAACUGAUGAAAAUUGGCUUAGCCCGAGGCCACCUUCCAGGCCUUCCUCACGUCCCACCUCACCCUGUGGCAAGAGGCGCCACUCCAGCGCCGACAUCUGCUACCCCGGCUCAUUGUCUCCUCAUCACUCACCCACACCCACGCCAGGGCCUUCACCUAGGGGCAGCGUGACAGAGGACACCUGGGUUGGCAGUCCUUCUGUAGGCAUGUCACCCUUCCAGUGCUGCCCAUCUGAGGCAGACAUCCCAUCCAAGACAAGGAAGACCUCACAAGACAGAACGUCUAUGCAUACUGGCAAAGGGGAACUGGGGCUGGAUGACCAAGGAAAUAUGUCUCCUAAUCUAGACUCUCCUUCAGACGAGGGCCUGCACAGCCUGAAGAAAGAUGGUCCCGGGGAACAGUUCCUCUCAGUGCCCUCUCACUUCUCAUGGAAUAAACCUAAACCUGGUCACACACCUAUAUUCAGGACCUCCUCACUGCCUCCUCUAGAUUGGCCACUGCCAAGCCAGUUUGGCCAGUAUGACCUGAAGAUAGAGGUUCAACCCAAAGCCCACCACCGAGCGCACUAUGAGACUGAGGGCAGCCGAGGAGCCGUCAAAGCAGCAUCCGGUGGCCACCCAAUUGUCAAGCUCAUUGGCUACAGUGAGAAGCCCAUCAACCUACAGAUGUUCAUCGGAACAGCAGACGACCGGUACUUGAGGCCGCACGCCUUCUACCAGGUGCACCGGAUCACCGGGAAAACCGUAGCCACAGCCAGCCAAGAAAUUGUAGUCUCCAGCACCAAAGUUCUCGAAAUUCCUCUCCUGCCUGAAAACAACAUGUCAGCCAGUAUUGACUGUGCUGGCAUCCUUAAGCUGCGGAACUCAGACAUUGAACUGCGGAAGGGGGAAACGGAUAUAGGAAGAAAGAACACACGAGUCCGUGUGGUGUUCCGAGUGCACAUCCCUCAAUCCAACGGGAAGGUGCUGUCGCUGCAGGCUACCUCUAUUCCUGUGGAGUGCUCCCAGCGUUCGGCUCAGGAGCUGCCCCAGGUUGAGAAAUCCAGCCUGACCAGCUGCCUGGUCAGCGGGGGAGAAGAGAUGGUCAUCACCGGAUCCAACUUCUUCCCAGAGUCCAAAGUCAUCUUCCUGGAGAAAGGUCCUGAUGGACGACCGCAAUGGGAAGUUGAGGCAAAAAUAAUGCGUGAAAAAACUCAAGGAUCCUGCAUCGUGGUGGAGGUCCCUCCCUACCACAGUAAGUCCGUGGGCUCAGCUGUGCAGGUGCAGUUUUAUGUCUGCAAUGGAAAGCGCAAAAGGAGCCAAUCGCAACGCUUCACUUACCUUUCAGUCAUGGUGAAACAGGAGCACAGAGAAGAGCUGGACCUUUCUGCAGUACCCCCUAUGGCCAUGCCCCUGGCACAUGCUGCCAGUCUGGUGCGCACCCAGCUGCCUUCUCCUGAGCAGUGCCACCCAUCGGACAACCUUCUGUCCAGCUCCCCUCACGGCCUGGCCACCGGCUCCGGACCUGGCCUGCUACCUCUGCAGGCCCCCUGCCCCUCCCUGGGCUCCCCGUCUUUCCAACACCUGCCUCACCUCCACAGUCGCAGCUUGCACCAUCCCCCUGCUGACUGCCACAUGACGUUCCACCAGGGCUCUGCCCCUUCUCCUCUUCCUGCUCCUCCCCGGCCCUCCUACCAGCCUAUGCAGCACAGCCACAGUCAUAGUCAUAGCCUUCCCUUUAACAGUCAGUCCAGCCUUCCUCCUCAGGGCUACGACAGGAUGCCUUUUCAGCAAAGCCCCAGUGCUGCAUCACACCCAAUGAGCAUGGGAAUGGUGUACCCUACUUCCCCUUGCUCCUCACCAUCAGCGCCCUCCUCUUCAACCACCAACCCCAUUGCUGGGUCUCCCCAGAGCCAGCAACCCCUGCUCUCCCCUUCAUCCCCACACCUGCACACAAUCGGAGGCUAUCACUGCUCCCCAAAUCCAACCCAGGUGCCCUCUCCGGGUGGCCACCCCCUUGUGGGGCAGCACUCCUCCCAACUGCAGAGGGCUAUGAGCUACCAUCCGGUAGGUCAAAGGUCAGCCUCUUGUCCCACACCGCCCAGCGCCCCUUCUCCAAGGAUGAUCCCCUCUCCCCACUCUGGGCCUUCCUCCCCUCAGCUCCACUCGCUACCCUACCAGUCGCCCACCUCAUCCUCCCCCACCUCUGGUGGCAGUCCUCUGGGGCCUAUGCAACAGCAGAAUUCAGGACAGCGUUCCCCCCAAGCUACAAGUCCGGUCAUGGUCAGCCUGUCCCCGGUGGCUGCAGGGCCUUUGGGUCACCCUCUAAGCCCACAGGGACCCUUCCCCUCAGAUGGAGAGAGGCUGAACAUCAAAGAAGAGCCAGAGGAGAGGGAGCCCACCUUCCGCUCCAUCGGCCUACAGGACAUCACGCUGGACGAUGUGAAUGAAAUCAUCGGCAGAGACAUGUCCCAGUCCCCCAGCACUCAUGGUCCUCCAACAGCACACAGCCAGUCGUAGCCCAGCCAGCACUUUGCCCCUGACACAGGCUUUUGGGCCGUGAAAUGACCCCCCCCCCCCCCCCUCCGGUUCUUGACCCCAGACCCCAAUCCUGGUCAGGGACAAGAGGGCAGGAAGAGAUAAGAGACUGUGGUCAAAGCCUCAUGGACCUGCUCCGCCACCAGCCUGACAAGAAGAAACUCUCAUUUGUCUCCUCUGAUUUCAUUCAAAAGACGAUUUAUCUUAUUUAGAGAUGCAGAUACAGAACUCACAACCUCACACAGGGUAAAGAGAACGGUGAGCGGUGGAAUAUGAGCAUGUCGAGUUAUCGAGGUUAAAAUGGUUGGAGAAUCAGAUGCGACCCCCCCCGUCCCUCUUCAUUAGGUGUGUGCCUGCCGUCUCAAAGCACCGCUGUCUUCCUGAUCAAUCAGCUGUCCAUGACUAUGGAGCACUCUCUUUUCGAAUAGCUCUCUAUAGCAGAGACAAUGUGUGUUGUCCUCCCCCCGUCACCAGCAUUGGCCUUCAUCAACGAAGACGUCUUGAGAAAUAUAAGAGUCAGAGAAACUCAGGAGUGCCCAGUGCUCUCACGGGAAGCCAGAGCUGGGAUUCCAAACUGUUCUGAAGAGUGUUACUCACGUAACUAAUCACACUCGGAAGUUGGAGAUGAGAAAUUAAUUUGGUGUAAAAUUGGAUUGCCAAAUUUAAAUCUAACCACCCUAAAGGAUCAGAAUUUCAAUUAUCAGCAAAAAAAAAGGAGUUAAAUAAGAAGAAAUUUACAAAAAUAAUUUGAAUAUCUGGCUGAACACUCUUGGCUCAGUGAUGACGACACUGUCCGCUCCUUGUUUUUGUCCCUUUCAGUUGAUACAACCAUUCAGGUCUGGAGUGCAGGGACCCAGCGGGGAGGACGAGUUCCUCUGGCGCUGGUCCGGGAUCUGCAACCUGCAACAUUCCACAACUUUUAGCAACCUUUCAGCCGUGUAGAUAUCUGUACAUGAAUCCCCUUUUCUCUUCCUACUUUUGUCCAGUGUUUCCUCAUUUACGACCUCCCCUCUCCUGUAUUUCUUUAUCUUCUUCAAGUUGAACAAAUGCCUUAUUAAUACGUAGCAGCUCUGAAUGGUAGCUAAAGCUUUUUUUUGUUGCUGUUUUGCACAGCUGGCUUUGAGUGUGACUAUAAUAUUGUUUUGGAAACACGAUUUCAUGAAUCCUAAAGAGGGAUGGGGUUUAAGGACCGAGUUCCCCCUUUAAUUUUCAUUCAAAGAUAUUUGAAGAUGCCCCUUAUUUCCACGUUACAGAGAAGUGUUUUUAUUAAACCAGAGAGACAGACGUCUCUGCCUCUGAAAUUUCUUCCCAUGCAAUAACUCCCCAAAUCUCCCAGGGGCCCUUGUGUGCCUUUGAAUUCCUGACAGCCACCAUACCUGAGAUGGUAUGACAAUAUAAUGGGAAAGUAUUUUAUACUAAAAGAUGUUUAUAUAUUACAUGUAUGUGUUGUUCCCCGCUCUAAUGAACAAGGUCAAAUAACAAAGCCCAAAGUAUAGAGAACAUCUGGAUGCACUUCUCCCUGUUUGCCACAAUCAAUGUUUGCUCUUCACAAUCAUACACUUCUCCUUCAAUUGUCUCCAGAAUGGUGUCUAUUCACGAUGAUGUAUUCAUAUUUCUUAUUCUGACAGAUAUGCAGUGCCUGUACGGCAGCAAUACCAGUCUCGAGGAAAGAGUGUCUUCAGGCAGGUUUCUGGCGUGGAUGUGAACAGACAGAUUCCCAUUGGGGUUUUUUUUUGGGGGGGGGCCUUAAGCUUGACAAUAAUGCUCCUGCAUGUGAGAGCUGAGGAGUGUUGCUUAUGACGGUUUCAAGUCAGUUUCCAGGUAACAGUUUCCAAAAAUGAUUCUGCUAUGCAUUUUAAAUCUGCUAAUGCCUUUUAAAAUGAGAAGGAAAAAAAGACCUUGAUGCCUCUACAUAGAAGUAGAAUGUAGACUUGUUGGAGAUGCUUGAUUGAAUCUGCUAGCAUUCUGGAGUUGUCCAUCAGCCAUUCUGCCUUGUCAAGGACAGUGCUGCGAGCAUUUUUAAAAAAUUCAGUUGUGUGUGUGUGUGUGUGUGUGUAUGUAUAUAUAUGUGUGUGUGAGAGAGAUGCAUGGUUGGUUGGUGUUUGUACCAAAUAUGCUGUACAGAAGACAGGAACUCUUAAGAGUCCUAUUUUCAACAACUGAAGCACACACAUGCAUUUAGGCUAUGCAAACUAUAACAGCAGCAAAUGUGAGAUAUGACAAUGAAUAUGAAAAACGAGAUUAUAAACUAUUUGUAACGUUGCCUAUGAACUUUACAUAGCGGAAAAGAGAAGUGAACAUUCAGAUAGUGAGAGUAUCAUGUCACUAUGUAAACAAUUAGGAUGCCUUAACUCUUGUUUGAAAACCAGUUUGUCUGUGUGUUUGUAUUCUGGGUUGAUUUUUUUUGUCUCAUGACUAAGACAUAAGUCUGUAACUAUUAUUAUUAUUUCACUUGUUUUUUUGGAGGGGGGAAGGGGGCACAGUCUGUACAUUGAGGUGGGAGGAGGGAAAUGUCUUUUUCUGUGCAUAUGAAGCUGGUUCUGCAGCUUGAAAGACUUGUCAAAAAAAUGAAACAAAACCAGCAAUGACAGUAAACUCUGGCUGCCGUACUCGUCUGUCUCAACCAAAGACCGAACAAUAUGUUCCCAUUUCACAUUAUGGUAAA